AUUCCGUGGUGCUCCACUGACAUUUACCACUUUCUACCUGAGAGACAGGCUGACCUGUGAGCUCAUUCCGCCCGCAGGACAAUAACAACGCUGAACGGCCUCCUGAUUGGCCCAGACGGUAGCCAAUCUGAACGCGAGGACCGAGUCACAGGGAAGCCACUGCACCUAUCUGCACCCACCUGAUACUUUACCUGGCUGAGCUCAGUCCCAGCAUCUCAUUACCUGUCCAAUACAAUCUCAAACUGAGGCUCAUUGUGUGCUGUGAGAUCCAGCAGUCAAGGUGUUCCUCUGUGCGUUGGCUUCAGUGAGACAAGCAGUCAUGGCUGUGGCUAAUUUCCAGUACAUUACCCGGAUGAGCAGCGGCUUCAAGGUCUACAUUUUAGAAGGUCAGCCUCACCUCAGAAGCGAAGACAGAUACAGACACAUGACAAACGACCGGCCUCGAGUCCCAACAGUUUAUCCAAUGAAGCGCAAGCGCAGCCACGAGAGAGGCCUCACUUUGGAGGAAAGGCGAGAGCGUGCGCUGAGCAGGAGCAGCGGAAGAGCUGCCCAGAGAGCAGCGCCAGCACCGGCGGUGUUUAACAGGCCUCAGAGCCCUACAUCCACCUGGAGUCCGACACCAAGCCCCACCAGCCCUCUGCCCACCCAUGUGUACUACGCACCAGUCAUGGAUGAACCACUCGCCCUCAUCAAGAAACCAAGAAAAGACCCUGAGAACACGGAGGAGAAGACUAAAAGCUCUGCUGCCACUCAAAUCCAGAUGCGUCCCUCUGUGAUCACUUCCAUCUCCUCGCUAAGAAACCCUUCCUGCAGACCUGAGGUCCACAGAGGCCACUCAUCAGUGGCUCCCAAAUCCACCUACGACCACGUGGUUGAGGAGCAUUUCCAGAGGAGCCUCGGAGCGAACUACCAGAAAGCCCGCUCCCAGCAGCUCUCCAUCAGCCUGUCCGUCGACGACCACUUCGCCAAGGCACUGGGUGACAAGUGGCUGCAGAUCAAAUCCAAGUCUUCCUCCUGUUCCUCCACACCGCCCAGCAGUCCAAGUGUUACUCACUCCCCCACCUACAGCCACAGCUCAAAUCAGUCCCGCAAGGAGUCCACCAGCAGCUCAUCGCCAACCUCAAGCCACUGGUCCAUCAACUGAAUUGGAAACGAUCCCUGAUGCGGGAAGAGACUUGACUUUUUAACAUUUCACUGCUCUGCUUAUUGAGCGAUGGAAACGCCAGCGCUGGUGUUGAGAGCUAACAGGUCCAGGAGUGCUGUCACUUUGGACCUCAAUGUGUCCAAAUUUAAGACACACAGAUGAAUGUAGCAUGAAUGGGAUGUCCUUGUUUUGUUACAUUUCUACUCUCUGCUUGUCGAUAGCAUCUGAGAUACAGUGGAUGACAAUGUGGGAUGAUUGAAAAAAUCAGCCAAAUGAUCCUGUACAUUUCUUUUUUUCAUUUUGUGUCCUUCUUUUAAUGCAGCCUGAGUGCCACAGUUCUGUUGAAUUAUAUUUAUAUUCUGAUACAUCUGGGUUUCUUAUAGUCUAAACGACUCACCUAUCUGCUGUAAGAUAAUGCUUAAAAGCUGUACACAAAACAAAGACUCUUCAAAAGAUCUUGAAAAAAUAAAAUCUCAAAAAUUCUUUCAUUGUUUUGUGUGUGGUCGUCACUUGUGUCACCUGACACACCAUUUUUUUAAAAAUAAAGAA